GUCAUAAAUUGGGUCAAAAUAUUAGUAAAGUAAGUCUUAUUGCAAAGAAUGUAGAUAACAGAGAUAGUAUACGCCAUGAUUGCACGGGGGACAUUUUUCGUUUUAUUCUUUUUUCUCCUCUUCAGUAUUCCAAAGGGAGGACACUGUGAAAUGACAGCGAGUGAAGUGCAUGAAGAAGUUCUUGAGCUUCGGCAGCUCAUAAGCAAGCUGAGCAGAACUGUUCACGCUCAGAAUAAUCGAAUUACCUAUCUCCAAAACGCUUUCCGAAAACAGAGACUGGAUUGUCAAAGGACUCUUUAUACCCAAGAGACAGAAGUUUUUGAUUCUAGUGUUGUAAGCAAUAAUCUCUCUCCAACGCAUGCGAACAUUUCGUCUUCUAGUAACGUGAAUGGUGUGCAAGGAAUCAAGCCCAAAGAAAAUCGCCCAAUGGUUGAAAGUGCGCAGCCUGUUGCAGCUCGUCCUUCUGUUAUUCGAAAGGAGCGACUUUUGAUUCCGAUAACUCAGGAACCUUUUCCUACAGCUCCAGCACACAAGACGAUAGCAUUCUAUGCUUAUUUCUCCUCGGAUGUCUCACACACCGGGCAGGGACAAAUUCUAAAAUUCGAUGUUGUCAAAACCAACGCUGGAAACGCGUACCAUAGAAGCUCAGGUGUUUUCAUCGCCCCUGAGUCGGGAUAUUAUGCUUUCAGCUGGACCAGUAGGAUAAAGCAUUAUGGGGGCACAGGAGAAGACCAUGCUUUGGAACUGGUUGUUAAUAGUGCUGUCUACGGUAGUAUUUACAUGAAGUCUCUUACUGGAGAAGAUGGGCAGGCGACGGGUUUAGCCAUUGCGCAUGUCAACCAGGGUGAUGACGUUUAUAUUCAAACACACUCCCGAGAUCCUGGUUCUGGUGCAAUUCGUAGUGAUUUGUAUGGAAGGUCAUCAUUCUCCGGUUGGAAGUUGUACUGAAACACAGCUGUAUGACAAAACAUGACCAAAAAACAAUUUCUUAUGUUGGUAUUUUUUCUAUUUAUUGAAAUUUCAAGUUCUCUUCCAAAAUGUUUUAGUACA